UCUCACUCACACUCGCUUCCAAAAUGCGUUUCCAAUUCAUUAUCCUCCCGGCUCUUGCUAUUCUCGCCAAGUCCUCACCCUUGGACCAAUCACCUCAAAAUCCCUUUCUGGCUCGCGCUGCAACUACACAAUGUUUUAUUGGAAAAGGAAUCGUAGAUGUAAAUGCCAACUCCAUAAGAGAUUGCAUGACAAGUCAGAUCAACGCUGGUAAGCGCAUCUCUUCAUGCUAUUUCCUAAGUCAAGUACUGAUUUCUGGCAUCUCUGCAGGCACUUGGUUUGAUAAUGUUGCCUGUGCUGGUUAUCGGUGGUUUUUGGGUGGAGAAAAUUGGCAGAGUCCAGCGGAUUGUAUGCAAGUUGGACACGCGUGCUUGCUUAGUGCUGCUGGUCGAAAAAAUUUGCCGCCACCAGAAUUCGCGAAGUGUGAUGCUAAAUCUGGGACUGCUCAUUGCUGGUGGGCUUGGUGUCCUGUUGGGCAGGUACCUGGAGGUAAUGCAGAUGGAUCAUGUUCUUAAAUCUCUCAAUUAGGGGCAAGCUGAAACAGGAAGUUG